AAAUUCUAUAUAUGAACACUAUUUUGAAUAUUUCACAUUUUCCGUUCUUCUUCCCUAUCUCGCAUCGCAGCAUCAAUGACAAAGACCGAUCGAAAUGCAGUUCGAGUUGUCGUCGCCGGUGACCGCGGCACCGGAAAAUCAAGCCUCAUCGCUGCCAUAGCGUCGGAGUCAUUCCCCGAUACCGUUCUUCCCGUUCUUCCGCCUACUCUCUUGCCCGCAGAUUAUUUCCCCGAUCAUGUUCCCAUUACCGUAAUCGACACAUCCUCUAGUUUGGAGAAACAAAACAAGCGCAAUGAAGAAUUGAAAGGUGCUGAUGUCGUGGUUUUAACAUAUGCUUGCAAUGAUUCUCAGUCCUUUUCGCGAUUGAGUUCUUACUGGUUUCGCGAACUACAAAAGUUGGAGGUAACGGUACCUAUAAUUGUGGUUGGUUGCAAGCUAGAUCUGCGAGAUGAAAGCCAACAAGUGAGCUUAGAACGUCUCAUGGCACAGCUCCUACAAGAGUUCAAGAAUGUUGCCACCUGCAUUGAAUGCUCUGCAGCGACACUAUACCAGGUCCCAGAAGUUUUUUAUUUUGCUCAAAAAGCUGUACUACAUCCGGUAGAGCCAUUGUUUGAUCAUGAAAGUCAAGCUUUAACAGAUAAAUGUGUUAGGGCGUUGAGAAGAAUAUUUGUUCUUUGUGACCGUGACAUGGAUGAUGCCCUCAAUGAUGCAGAACUAAGUGAUUUUCAGGUUAGAUGUUUCAAUGCACCAUUGGAGUUACCUCAAAUAGCAGAUGUCAAAACAGUUGUACAACAGGAUGUACCAGAAGGAAUCAACUCACAUGGUCUUACUUUCCCAGGAUUUUUGUAUAUACAUAAUAUGUUCUUAAGAAAAGGGAAUCCGGAGACAUUUUGGGCUGUGUUAAGAUACUUUGGAUAUGAUAAUGAUCUAAAACUCAAGGACAAUUUCCUUCCUGUUCCAUCUAAGACUGCUCCUGAUCAGAGUGUGGAGCUGACAGGUGAAGCUGUAGAGUUUCUAAAUGGCAUCUUUAGACUAUUGGAUACCGAUAAAGACCGAGCCCUAAAACCUUCCGAAGUGGACAAGCUGUUUUGUACUGCUCCAGAAAGUCCAUGGAAUGAUGCUCCAUAUAACAAUGUUACUGAGAGAACUGAUAUGGAUUACAUGUCUCUUAACGGAUUCCUAUCCCAGUGGGCCCUUAUGACAUUACUUGAUCCACCAUGUACCCUGGCGAAUUUGAUUUACAUUGGAUAUAGUGGUAAUCCUGCUGCAGCACUCCGUGUUACUCGUAGGAGAUCAGUUGAUCGCAAGAAACAAACGACAGAAAGGAAUGUGUUCCAAUGCUACGUUUUUGGUUCUAAAAAUGCCGGCAAAUCUGCUCUGUUGGAUGCAUUAUUGGGAAGGCCUUUCUCAAAUAAUUAUACUCCAACAACAGUUGAGAAGUUUGCUGCAAAUGCCAUUGAAUUAAUAGGGGUGAGUAUCAAGGGAACUAGGAAAACUCUUGUAUUACGGGAGAUACCUGAGAGUGAAGUAUCGAAAUUUCUGUCAAAUCAGGAUUAUUUGGCAGCGUGUGAUGUAGCUAUUUUUGUGUAUGACAGCUCAGAUGAAUAUUCGUGGAAGAAAUCCAGAGAUUUGCUUGAGAAGGUUGCUGGGCAAGGUGAUCUAACUGGUUAUAGAGUUCCUUGCCUCCUUAUUGCUGCUAAGGAUGAUCUAACUCCAUAUCCAAGGGCGGUGCAAGAUUCAGUGAAGGUUACUCUGGAGUUGGGAAUAGAGGCACCUAUUCACGUAAGCAUGAAAUUAGGUGAUUCAAAUAAUGUGUAUAAUAAAAUUGUUAGUGCUGCAGAACACCCUCAUUUGAGCAUUCCAGAAACUGAGAUUGGGAAGAAAAGAAAGCAAUACAAUCGGCUUGUUCAGAACUCUCUUAUUUUUGCUUCAGUUGGGACCGCUAUGGCAGUUGUUGGUUUGGCAGCAUGCCGUGCAUAUGCAGUGAAGAAGAAUUCUUCUGCUUAGUCAUCAAAAGUUAAUUUAUGGUAAUACUUAUGUAUACAUAACCUUAUUGGAAAACCUUAUGUUAGAAUGUGUUAAGCAUAGGAAUUACUAAUUUCAUUUAUUCUUUGUCAGGUUAAGGCUUGUUGUAUAGUUUCCUCAAUAGGAUUGUUUGGUUUCAGUCUGUUUUUCAUUGUGGACCUUUUAGGGGCAAUCACAUUGAUUUGACGAAAUUACACUUAUCGCUCUUGUUUAAUUUUUUUAGUCGAGUGCAAAUGAAAUUGAAAGCUGGUUAGAUAUA